CAUUCAAGGAAUUUGUCUCCAGGAGGGGAAGCCAUGGAAGCACCACUCUCUCUGGGUGGAGAAAGAGACUGAGGGGAAACAAACUGAGACACAGACUUGGAGACACCUGCAGAGAGCACUGGGAUGGGUUCCUGUUCAGCAUGUACCCCAGAAGGGGUUUGUGAUUUCACACAAGGCUCUGGGACUCGGCUGGAGGGCUGAGUAGCUGGAAGGCUGAAGAGUGAAGGCAAUGCAGGAACCCGCACACGGCCCACAUGAGGCAUUUGUGGGAGAGGAGUGCCGACCAAGCCCCAGCUGACCUUACUGUGUGGGAGAUACUGCGGAGUUGAAAUCACAGGGAGCCGAAAUUACUUGAGACUGAUGAGCAAAAGUCACAGCCAAGAAGUGGACAGCAGUGGAUGGUGGCUGAAAACCAGCAGGGCGGCAGUGGAGAGAUGCGAUAAGAGGCCUUCAGAGCAGUGGCAGCAGCAUGAUGAGCGGCUAGUAGGGCGGCUGCAGAGAGCAGUGAACAUGUGGACGGCGCGUGACCAGUGGAAAUAUGGAGACCCUGGAACUGCGCCUUGUUCCUUCCCUUCAUAUUUCCUGGCGCUUGCUUAAGAUCAUGGUCCCUACUGGCUGUCCAAGCCUGAUACAUUGCCUUUAAAGAUGCGACCCAGAUGCCUCACUCAGACUCAGACCUGCAUUUCUCCAGAUUUCAGAGUUUGGUACACAUCCUGGGGUGUGAAUUCCCCGCUUCAGCUCUGGAGAAAAUGGGCCGCAAGGAAGUGGAUGAUACCCGUUCCUGGAAGAAACAGACCAACAACAUCCGAAAAACAUUCAUCUUCAUGGAGGCACUGGGAUCAGGUGCCUUUUCAGAAGUGUUCCUAGUGAAGCAAAGGAUCACCGGGAAGCUCUUUGCUCUGAAGUGCAUCAAGAAGUCUCCUGUCAUCAGGGACAGCAGCCUGGAGAACGAAAUCGCCGUGCUGAAGAAAAUAAAGCAUGAAAACAUUGUGACUCUAGAAGACAUUUAUGAAAGUGCAACCCACUAUUACCUGGUCAUGCAGCUGGUGUCUGGCGGGGAGUUAUUUGACCGAAUUUUGGAACGAGGUGUUUAUACUGAGAAAGAUGCAAGUGUGGUGAUCCGACAGGUCCUGGCAGCAGUGAAAUACCUCCAUGAGAAUGGAAUCGUUCACCGCGAUUUAAAGCCUGAAAACCUGCUUUACCUGACUCCCGAGGAAAACUCCAAAAUCAUGAUCACAGACUUUGGUCUGUCUAAAAUGGAGCAGAAUGGCAUCAUGUCCACAGCUUGUGGGACUCCAGGAUAUGUUGCUCCCGAGGUCCUAGCACAGAAACCAUACAGCAAAGCUGUCGAUUGCUGGUCGAUAGGCGUCAUUACUUAUAUCCUGCUGUGUGGAUACCCUCCCUUCUACGAAGAGACAGAAUCCAAACUGUUCGAAAAGAUUAAAGAAGGCUACUACGAGUUUGAGUCUCCAUUUUGGGAUGAUAUCUCGGAGUCAGCCAAGGAUUUCAUCUGCCACUUACUGGAGAAGGAUCCAAACGAGAGGUUCACGUGCGAGAAAGCUUUGAGACACCCCUGGAUUGAUGGAAAUACAGCCCUUCACCGUGAUAUAUACCCAUCUGUCAGUGCUCAGAUCCAGAAAAACUUUGCAAAGAGCAAAUGGAGGCAAGCCUUCAAUGCUGCAGCCGUUGUGCGCCACAUGAAGAAACUCCACAUGAACUGCCACGCACGGGCUGACACCGAUCUUCCGGUCAUCCAAGUGUCAGAAGGAUCCAGACUCAACAGCCCGGAGGUCAGCAGCCAAGAGGCGCCCAGUCAAGACAAGAAGAUGCUCAUCCCCACAUUAGCGUGUCAAAUGCCUCCCAGCCAGCUUGACCAAAACACCCGGAUGGCACAGAGCAAGUCACUAGAUCAUUUGGUUAAUGGGUCACUGCCUAUCAACCAGUGCUUGAUCCUGCCGGUCAAUCAGAGCUCUCCAACUAGAACUUCUUGCGGGUGCAGUUCAGCCUGCGGUGGGCACGAGAAAGUGAAGUCGGUCUUCUGUUCCGAGUCAGUGCUACUUAAAAAAGCUGCCAAAACCCAUCACUUCAAAUCAGAGGUCAUCGUUCCAGUGAAAACCAGUAACCAUUCGCACCGUGGUACUGGGCAAACUGGUGUGUGCUUGGUCAUGUGAUUGGCAGGUCACCCGUUUGAGCCAACACAUCUGUUACGAAGGGCUGGUUCAUGCAUUUCUGCGCUUCAAAGCCAGACAGCAAUAGCACAAACAAGAGGAGAGGAGACUGAUUCCUGGCAGCCGCAGACGGAGAGCUUUUUUCUCAGAGGAGAGUGGCCGUUUAUCAGAGAGCUGCACGCUUUCACUCCUAAGAAAUCCUUCAAAGCAACAACCUUGAAGAGCACCUGGCUUCUUAGAACAGGGAGCAGUUGUUUUAGACAAGGGAGGUGUACGGGCAUGAGGCUUCUGCUAGCACCUUCCAUCUACAUGACACAUGUAUCAUUGCAUAAGGCUGUAUCUUGCUUCUUUGUCUCUAUUGUAUAGUUGUUCAAUGCGGAAGACAGGAUAAUUCUUUUAAUGCAAAGCCAGAUGGUGUUUAUUUAGUCAUGGGCAUCCCCACAGCUUUUACAGCCUAUGCCUCUCUCUCCUAGAAUUUCUUCUCCCUUCCAAGCUUCAGCAUGUUUAAAUCCAGUGUCAAUUUCCUGUCCUGGCUGUGACGUUUUCCUUUAAGCUGUGAAAGGAGAGAACCUGCUACCACCCCCUGUUGUCUGAGGAUAAUCCAAGAGAGGUCUGAAUUCCCUGCUUCUGAGUCUGUAAUUGUGGAAUAAACCCUGUGCUUAAGAAAGCUGACUUUUAUUUUGUAAA